AUGGCUGCAGCUCAUUUAGCUGAAAACCUCCAGGAAGAGCUCACCUGCCCUGUGUGCAUGGACUACUUCAGUCAACCGGUGACCUUAGGCUGUGGCCACACCUUUUGUCACCUAUGCCUCCUCAGGAACUGUGGAGAAGCUGACCAAUCCUCUCCUUGUCCCGAGUGCAAAAGAACCUUCCAUUUGAGAGACUUGGAGCGCAAUCUUUGUCUAGAAAAGUUGGCCAGCAUAGCCAGGAAGGUCAAACCCUGUUUGCUGAAGAUUAAAGAGGAAAACACUAAAUGUAAUAGACACAAGGCAGAGCAAAAUCUGUUCUGUGAGGAAGACCAAGCAUUCCUUUGUGCAUUUUGCUUUCAAACCCCAAAGCACAGCAGGCACACAGUACGCCCAAUAGAAAAGGCUGCAGAGGAUUCUAGGGACAAACUCCAAAAGAUUUCGGAUCUUCGCUGGAAAGAAAUGGAGACAAUUGAGAAGAUGCUGACUGAAGAGAGGCAGAAAGAAAAUAGUUGCAGGAUAAAGGGCCAAGCUCAAAGGGAGAGUAUGGCACAGGAAUACAGAACAUUCCAUGAACUGCUGAUGGAAGAAGAGGAGUGUCAUCUUGAAAUGCUGGCCAAGCAGGAAAAUGACUACCUGAAGAGUAUAAAAGAAAGUAAGGUCAGACUCUCCCAACACCUUCAAAGCUUGGAGGAGGUGAUCUCGGAGAUAGAACAAAAUUACCAGAAACCCAAUGUCCAGCUUCUUCAGGUGGUAGGAGAUACACUUUUCAGGUGUGAGUCACUCCUGAGUCAUUGUCCAGAGACUGUCACCACCCCAGGGAUCUUCUUUUAUUACACUUUGAUAUGGGAAAUGCUUAAAUACUUCAAAGUGGAUGUGACCCUGGAUCCUGAAAGUGCCUGUCCAUAUCUCAUUGUGUCUGAUGAUCUGAAAACUGUUGUACACAGAGGCUACCAGCAGACUGUAACUUUCAUGCCUGGCCGAUUUAAAGACAAUAUUAUUUUGGGGGCUCAGAUCUUCAUAUCUGGGAUCCACUAUUGGGAGGUUGAUGUGGGAGACACUAGGCAAUGGACAAUUGGCGUAUGUAAGGAGUCAUUGAGUAGAGAUGGCAAUGUCCCCUCUGCUGAGGAUGUCUUCCUUCUUUCAUACAUUAGGAAUGGAAAUCUGUACACUGCCAUGACUACUCCUUCCUACUUCAAACUUCGAGUCAAUGUCCCUAUCUACAGGGUCUAG